UGGUCGGAUCAUUUGCCAUUAAUUUUGAAUUGUGAUCUUAGUGUUGUCAGACAAAAAGUGUCACUGACGACACAGUAUAAUAGUUGUAAGAUUAAAUGGGGUGAAAGAAAUAAUGAUCAAACUAAUAGAUACCAUGAUCUAUGUAACAGUAAAUUUAAAUUAAUGCAUUUUCCGGAAGUUUUUGAAUUAUGUGCCGAUAAAAGUUGUAAGUUACCGGAGCACAAAAGCUAUUUAGACAAAAUGUAUUCAGAUAUUAUUAAAGUGCUAACAGACGCCGCUUUACAAACUAGUUGUGUGUACGGUAAAUGUGUAAAAAAGAAUGUAAUCGGGUGGAACAGACAUGUCCGCGAUGCAUACAGGGAGGCCAAUCUUAAAUAUCAAAAAUGGAUCUUUUAUAAUAAACCACAGUGCGGGCCUGUAUAUAAAGAAAUGUGUUUAAGCAGGAAAAUUUAUAAAAGUAAAUUACGAUGUUGUCAAAAUCAUCAAGAGCAGAUUAAAAUGGAUAUCGUGGCUUCACAUCACAGAUCUAAAAAAUUUAAUAAAUUCUGGAAAUCAACAAAUAACAUCAAUAUAAGGCCUGGUCUGCCUGCUCGUGUCGCGGACUGUAGCACACCUGAGAUGAUAGCAAAUAUGUUUAAAAAACAAUUUACAGUUGUUUCGCCAUUGGGACCAGCGCAAUCAACAAUAUACGCUGAAUGCGAUGGAAGUGAGGAUCUGCUUCGUUUUUCUAGCGCUGAAGUGGCAAAUGCCAUUCGAAUGAUGAAGCGGGGUAGGUCUCCCGGAUAUGAUGGACUCAGCAUAGAACAUCUCAAGUAUGCCGGAGUGCAUCUUCCGCGAGUUUUAUCAAUGUUCUUUUCCUUUUACUUAAGUCAUGCGUAUUUACCCAUCAAAUUAAUUAAAACGGUGGUUGUGCCAAUUUUAAAAAAUAAAACUGGUGAUAUCUCUGACUGUAACAAUUAUAGACCUAUUUCACUGGCAACUGUUGUAUCUAAGGUGUUGGAUAGUUUGCUUGACUCAUAUUUGAACAAACAUCUACAUUUACAUGAUGCUCAGUUCGGUUUCCGUCCUGGGCUAUCUACCGAAUUGGCAGUUCUGAGUCUUAAGCAUACUGUGCAGUACUAUACAAGCAGACAAACGCCGGUAUUUGCAUGUUUUCUGGAUCUUUCCAAGGCCUUUGAUCUUGUAUCUUAUGAUAUCCUCUGGGAAAAGCUUAAAGACAAUAACGUAUGUAGUAGACUUAUUAAUAUAUUGAAGUAUUGGUAUACCAAUCAGGUAAACAACGUUCGGUGGGGAAAUGCGCUUUCCGAGGAGUAUAAGCUGGAAUGCGGAGUGAGGCAAGGUGGUUUAACCUCGCCCAAGCUCUUCAAUUUGUACAUAAAUGAUCUGAUUGUUGGACUCAGCAGUAGCCGUGUUGGAUGUCACGUAGAUAAUGUCUGUGUCAACAACAUUAGCUAUGCUGAUGACAUGGUGCUGCUGACUCCAACGAUUAGAGCCCUAAGACAGCUUAUGUAUAUGUGUGAGACGUACUCAGCGAGUCAUGGGCUAAAAUACAAUGUAAACAAGACAGAGUAUUUGAUAUUUAAGGCCAAUGGUAAAUGUCCCACGCACGUGCCCGAUAUCCAAUUACACGGAGCAAAUAUAAAAAGAGUGCAUAAAUUUAAAUACCUAGGGCACUAUGUUACUGAUGACCUUAAAGAUCAAACUGAUGUCGAAAGGGAGCGUAGGGCAUUGGCUGUUAGAUGUAACAUGUUGGCUCGCAGGUUUGCCCGUUGUAGUGAAGAAGUAAAAAUCACACUCUUCAAAGCAUACUGCCAAACAUUCUACACGAGCAGUCUGUGGGUUAACUGCACACAGGCCUCACUCAGUGCCCUACGAAUCCAGUACAAUAAUAGUUUUAGAGUGCUGUUGGGGCUACCUCGCUUUUGUAGCGCUUCUAGCAUGUUUGCUCAAUCUCGCGUAGAUGACUACUACGCUGUAAGGAGAAAGAGGACUGCAUCAUUGCUAAACAGGGUUAGGACAAGCACCAACAGCAUUCUAAAAAUAAUAGGCGAGAAAUAUAACUCGCCUAUAAUUGGGCAUUUCAUUCAGAUGCUGAUCUAGUCGGCCGGGUCACAUCUGGGUGAAAUGCUUAAUUAAAUCAAUUUGUUUUUCUUUUUUUUUUUUUUUAAUAACAUAGUUUGUAAGAAAAUUGUUACUAACAAAUUUGGACCGCAUUGUAGUCUGCAUAAUAAAGUAUUAUUAUUAUUAUUAUAUAAAGAGGAUAGAUUUGAUUAUUUGUUCCAUAAGAUUACAAUAGUAAACUCCCUAUUAACAAGGAAAUAUUACAUUAAG